AUGGAGGAACUAGAUAAUCUUGAGUUGGAAUACAACCAAUUCAAGAAUAACGAACGCCCUUCUAACACUAAUGCUGGUGCUGAUAUAGAGAAAGGGCUAGACACUAAGAAAUAUUUUGAAAGGUCGAUAACUGACAAUAGCACCUAUGGUAAGAAGAGUUACAGUAUUCCCAGUUACGAGGAAGACACCAUCACGUUAAAGGAUUACUACGACACCAACUUGAGAGAUUAUUUCACUUGGGCUAGUGUAGUUGAUUACAUAAGGUCGUUGUUCCCCGUGGUCAACUGGUUGCCUUUCUAUAAUCCAAAAUGGUUCCUUUCUGACUUGAUCGCAGGUAUCACCGUUGGUACCGUUCUGGUACCGCAAUCCAUGUCAUAUGCGCAGAUCGCUACUUUGCCUCCAGAGUACGGUUUGUACUCCUCUUUCAUCGGUGCUUUGGUUUACUCCUUUUUCGCAACUUCUAAGGAUGUCUGUAUUGGUCCCGUCGCUGUUAUGUCAUUGCAAACUGCUAAAGUUAUCGCUAGAGUCAAGGAAAAGCAUCCUGACUUGGACCCAAGUAUUACAGGCCCCAUCAUUGCCACCGUGUUGGCCUUCAUUUGUGGUAUCAUUGCCACAGGUGUAGGUCUUUUACGUCUCGGUUUCCUAGUUGAGUUGAUAUCCCUAAAUGCUGUUGCCGGUUUCAUGACUGGUUCCGCUUUCAAUAUCAUCUGGGGUCAGAUUCCUGGUUUAAUGGGUUACAGUAAGAAAGUCAACACAAGAAGAUCCACCUACCACGUCGUCAUUGACUCCUUGAAACAUUUGCCAGACACGAAAUUGGACGCCGCUUUUGGUUUGAUUCCUCUGUUCACAUUGUUCUUCUGGAAAUGGUGGUGUAACUCAAUGGGUCCUAAGUUGACUGACCGUUACUUCCCAGCUAACUCUAGACCUCGUGCCAACAAGUACUGGAAGGCAUUCUACUUUUACUUGCAAGCUUCAAGAAAUGGUAUUAUCAUUAUUUUGUUCACUGCUGUAUCUUACGGUAUCACUAAAGGCGUGGCAAAGGAUAAGAGAAGAAUUUCUGUGCUAGGCACAGUGCCUAAGGGUUUGAGACACACCGGUGUCAUGAAGUUGCCACACGGUAUCCUAAACAACAUUGCUGCUGAAAUCCCAUCCUCUAUCAUUGUCCUUUUGCUAGAACACAUAGCCAUCUCUAAGUCUUUCGGUAGAGUCAACGAUUACAAGAUUAAUCCAAACCAAGAAAUUAUCGCCAUCGGUGUUAGUAACUUGCUAGGAACUUUCUUCAACGCUUAUCCAGCUACCGGUUCCUUUUCUAGAUCCGCGCUAAAGGCUAAAUGUAACGUCAUGACACCACUUUCUGGUAUUUUCAGUGCAGCUUGUGUUUUGUUAGCUAUCUACUGUCUAACUGGCGCUUUCUUCUACAUCCCAAAGGCCACGCUGUCUGCAGUUAUCAUCCAUGCUGUGUUUGACUUGAUUGCAUCUUAUCAUACAACAUGGAGCUUGUGGAAGAUGAACGUCUUCGACUUCAUCGGCUUCAUCACCACUGUGUUCAUCACUGUGUUCUCGUCAAUUGAAAACGGUAUUUACUUCGCUGUUUGCUGGUCUUGCGCUAUUCUGUUAUACAAUAACGCUUUCCCAGCAGGUAAGUUCUUGGGUCGCAUCGAGAUUGCUGAAGUUGUUAACCCAAAGAUUGUUGAUGAUGACGACUUCUCUUUUGAAAACUCUAAUGAAUCAUUCGAUGAUGAAGGUAUCUACUUUGAUAAUUCUGUCGCAGAAGACAAAUUAGGUACUUCUUCAAAUGACCUUAAGAAGUUUAAUGCGGGUGUCAAGACUCGCAGCAUUAAUGGUGAGCUUGUAAACGGUCAGACUUCAUCUGAUAUUAGAUACUACACCAAAUGGGUUCCAUUCGAUCACGCUUACUCGAAAGAACUAAACCCAAGUGUGCGUAUAACACCACCACCACCGGGCGUCAUAGUGUACCGCCUAAGCGACAGUUAUACAUAUAUCAACUGUUCAAGACAUUAUGACUUGAUCUUUGAUGAAAUCAAGAGAGUCACUAGAAGAGGUCAAUUGAUUCAGCAUAGACAUAAAUGGGACCGUCCUUGGAAUGACCCUGGUGAAUGGGAAGCUCCAGACUUGAAGAAGUUUUUCAAUGUUAAGAAAUUUGUUUCAGUUUUCAAGAGAAAAGUCACUGAUGUAGACACUUUCGAAAAUGAAAAUGAAAUCGAACACAUUCACGAUGGCGAACAUUACAAGAAGAAUGACAAGGAUGAAAGACCAUUGUUGAGAGUGGUCUGCUUGGACUUCAGUCAAGUGGCAAACACAGAUGCCACAGCCUUGCAAUCACUUGCUGAUUUAAGGAAAGCGGUCAAUAAAUACGCUGAUAGACAGGUUGAAUUCCACUUCGUUGGUAUUUAUUCACCUUGGAUUAAACGUGGUCUCAGAAAUCUAGGUUUUGGUACAACAAAUGAGGAAUACAGUGAUGAAUCAAUCAUUGCUGGACACUCGAGUUACCACCUAUCAAGAUUUAGGGAAUCAGAACAAGAUGGUUUCAAUGAACUGGAUUCAUUGGAAAGCCAAAGAAAUAUCGGAUCAAAGACCAAAGUCCUGGCGGCUUCUGGUACUAAUUUACCUUUCUUUCAUGUUGACAUCCCAGAUUUCUCGAAAUGGGAUAUUUAG